CGUGUUUGUUGUUAAGGUUGCGCACGAAAGAAAAGUCCUCCUCUAGCGUAGUUUACUGUAUCGAGCACUUAAUAUUUCCCUGCACAAGAAGCAGUGCCAUGCCCUCCUCUGCACGGUCGUCCUCAGCGGCAAGCAGUUCGACUUCGUCACACGUGCCAUUGCGCCACCUGCCUUUCGAUGUUACCAGCGUCCCGCCCCUGCCGAACCUGGCGCGGGACCUGGUCGUGCACAGUGUGCAGCGGUUAUUUUGUCAGAAGAGCACGUUUGCUGGACCCGCCAUGGCGGAGAUAUUUGUCGCGGCGAAUUUUCAGGACGUGCGACAGGGGUACGUGCGGCUGGCGGUGCCUGCCAUGCCAACCUCCGUGUACAACGGCUUUGGGGCGGUGCACGGCGGCGCAGUGGCGACCAUCUUUGACAUCUUUACGAGCGUCGCAAUCGUGACCGCGGAAAUUGUAUUGCCGGAAGUUGACGUCAUAUGCAAGAAAAAAACUGUGUAAGUGUAAAUCUGUGAUGCAGAAAAUUUACACUUGUCAUGCUCGACAUGCAUGACCGGCUCGCUUCCUAUGUGUUUUCCCUUUGUAUCUGCGCAUAACAAGUUUGUCCUGUCAAUGUCAUGGCAGACAAACUUGUGAUGCUGUUUUCCCAAAAGACUUACACUAACACAGUUUUUUUCUUGGAUACGCCAUACCAGCAUCACCAAAAGCUGCAAACGGAGCGGUAGUAGAACAUCAAACUACAGAGCUGCAAAAACCGACGACGUCAAACAGUAAAAAGCGGCCGGGGAAUCACGUGUCGCUCAGUCUGAACUGCAGUUAUCCCCGGGGACUGCAGGUCGGAAAACCCGCCGUAUGGGAGGCCUGGGUUGAGAAAGUGGCACGGAAUGUGGUCUUCAGCAAGGGGCGGGUGGUGCAAGACGGCGUGGUCUGUUCCACCUGCGACCAUUUGAAGGCCUUCGUAGACGGCAACCCGGCCAAUAUGAAAAAGGAACAAGGUGCGACGACGAGUAAACUGUAACACUGAACAUUUAAUACCUGGUACAUAGUUCUUUGCACAUUUUUUCUAUAAGCUUUGGAACAGCUGCAACAGCCUGCUCUCAGAAGGCAGUGAGCACAUCAUGCCGGAUACAAUCGUGAUGAAAUAAACUUCCGUGCUGGCAUUGAAGAUGUCCGUGUGUUUGUUACUGAUGUGUGCCUGAUUGUGAAGAUUCCACCUGCGUACUCUGUCCUUCUGUGUGUGUGCUGUCGCAAUCAUCCACUUCGUACGCAACAGUAUUAAGAAGUGAGAACAAUCCUAGCCAGCGAAAGAACGCACCACGUUCAUUUCAUGGAUAAUUUCAUCUCUGAUGGUGAUGAC